CUACGAGUAGGCUGUAUCACCAUUGUCACGUGACUAUCAAUCACUGAACGCGUUGUUGCGCGGGGUGUGCUCGAUUGACCGCGUCCAAAGCUUGGCCCGAUGUGUAACCUUCUUGUCUACACCGAGGUCUCGAUAUUUGAUAUUUCCGAUUCCAUAUUCGCUGCCCAUUCCGCAUCACUGGAGCCUCAAUAAAGUCCCGUCCGAACUCUAUUUCACGGAUAUCUGAACUUAACACUUGCAAGCAACCACUUCAACUUCAGUCAUUUUUUGAGCGAAGAUACCCUCAACAAUCUCAUCCCUCCUUCUCUUCCACAAUGCCAGUCACCAAGCGCGGCCGCGCCCGGGAUUCGCCCAGCGAUAUCGAUGACUACGAUGAUGGCAGUGGCUUCGUCGCCUCCGACGACGACGCCAAACCCAAAAGCAAGAGAACGAAAACAGCAAAGCCAAGCAGCGUCACCAAACCUGCACAGGCCCAGACCGGCGAGGGUGGCGAGAAGUUCUGGGAGUUAUCACAGGGAAGAAACAGCAGGAGAAUCGGCAUCAGCGAGUUCAAGGGCACCCGUCUCAUUAAUAUUCGGGAGUACUACCAGAACCCCGCGGGUGAUCUCCUGCCGGGCAAGAAGGGUAUCUCGCUGCCCCUGGACCAGUACAAGGUGCUUCUUCAGGCAAUUCCAGAUAUCAAUGCCGCUCUCACAGCAAUGGGCGAAACAGUCGAGUCAGGUGAUGCGGCCCCGAGGAAAGCCAGAGUAAAGGGUGCCGACGCCGGUGCCAAGGAGCAGAGGGCUAAUAUCGAUGAGACGAGCGAUGAAGACGAGGAAGCGUAGUCGUUUACAAGGGCUUGCUGUAAUAAUAUGUAUGAGAUAUGAAUUAUAAUGACCAUUCACCAGAGCAA